AUGCCCCACCAGCAAAUGCCUGCGUCCUACCCAGGAGACACCUGCACGAUGACCACAUCGACAGAUGAGUUUGUGUUUGCCGACUCUGCCUAUGAGUCCGAUUCAGCAUCCCAGGGUUCGAACAAGCACACUCGCGGGGCUACGCGUGCUCGCUUCUGCCCAGACAAAACCACCUGGACUGGCUGUCUCUGGCGGCUGUUGACUUGUAUCGUCUCUGUGCUGUUUUCUCUACUCUGGCUGCUCUUAUGUAAGAACCAACUCGCGCCUCAGAGCUGGAAUAGCUCGCGCCCCCAGAUCGUCCUCAACCGCGAGACAUCCCGAAGAAUCCUGACCCCUGUUUUUCUGUUGCUCGCAGCCUCGCAAGCGGGGCAGGGAGAAAUUCUGACUGGCAGGGUUACUGUGUGUGAAGAGUUUGGGGUUGAUCUUGCUCGGAUCCUGAACGAAUACAACCAGUUGCCUAUCCCGCUCGACACGACGCAUCAGUUAUGUGUGCAGAUCGACGCCGUCUUACGGACGCUGGGCCGCAGCAAGAAUAAAAUCGCCUACACCCUAGCCACCGCCAUCCUCGUCAAAUCCACCUGCUCCCUCCUGCAUCUCGACCAAUGCUGGGACGUCGCCGGCCUCCUGAGCUCGAUCGUGGCCAUCCUCCUCGCCGCAGCCGCCGACUACUCCGCCAUGGACGAGGCCACCGCUGCCGAACUAGUGGACAUGCACCCCACAACAUACAAGGACAUCAUGGCCCACGCGCUCCGGGACCGCGGUCUGGGGUAUUCUUCUAUCCUCCCGGUGGCGGUCCCCUGCACCAGCAACGGUGGUGGCAGCGGAGUCCUCAGCGCAGACGACAAGCUUGAGGAGUUCGUGAUCCAGGAUUUCGUCGCGUCCGGCACCACCGCCGCGGUGCAGAAUAUCCACGUCACCUGGUACCGCAACAGCCGGACGGUGGUGCGGCUCCUGCCGCCGGGCCAGCAGGAUACGCGGACCACCUCCGGGGAGGCGCAGGCGUUUCGGUUCUUCGAUGGCGUCGGCUAUCUCGUGUCGUUUGGGACGGGGUAUCUGGCGGAGCUUAGUAUAGAGGAGGAGGAUGAGAUGGUCGGGGGGAUUGUGCGGGCGUGGGAGGAGGGGAUGUUUAUGGAAGAGAGGAUGGUGCUGGGGGUGAGCUCGAUUGAGAAGGGGGUGGAGUAUGUGAGUUUGUAUGUUGAUGUUGAUGUUGCUGCUGAGGAUGAAGCGGUUGAGAUCAAGGGGGCGUUGGAUGGGUUUCUGUAG